UGUCAUGAAAUAGGUAUUGACAGCUACAUUUUCUUGAAAAAAUCUGUUUAUCUUGAAGCAGGGAAUUGGAUGUGUAUUGAAAAAUAUGAAAAAAGCAGAUGGCAUUAAAAGCAUACUGGACAUACAUUACAGUCCGACUGAUUGCCCUUUCAGAGAAUUCCGAGAUAAUGAACUUUCCGUGGAUUCCUGGGGAUUGGGUCCACUGGAUUAUAAAUCUACUUUGAGACUGGCUAAAGGGGUUUCAAGGACCCACACCGAGCAUAUAUGGGUCGAUUCUCAGAUCCAGCCGCUGCCAAGAUCGGCGAUGAAACGUUUGCACGGUUGGGUGAGGGCCGAGGACUUAGCACAGACUCUGUGGGAAGCGGAGGUUACAAUAUUUGAUGAUAAUAACGGUGGGACAAUGUCCAUAUCAGAUAUCCAGUUUGCUUACUACCCAGUGCUGCAGAUGUCAUCAUUCUGCAGAAAAGUACUAUCUUAUUGUUAUAUACUGGAGAGAGCAGAAGACUUUACAGUGGAACAUCAAUGGGAAAACUUUGUAUUUACCAUACCACCAGAGGGUUGGCGAGCACGGUACCACAUUUACUCUCCAGGUUUGAAGUAUGGCGGUGGACAGCAACACCGUCCUACUUUAUCAAAAAAUGGUUGCUACCUCGUACGGCUGUAUUACAUAGGCGCAUGGCGCUGCGUGUGGGUGAGCGACCAGAUUCCAGUAGACGCGACAGAUUGUCCGCUGCUGCCGUUCGCACCCUACUUCAGUCAAAACGCGAAACAGUCAGCUCAGGCCAAGCCACCAGCUCCCUUUAUGUCCAACCCUACUGUUAUACUGUGGCCCUUAUUGUUAUGCAAGGCCCUGUUAAAACUGGCUGCUCCCAGCAUGGAAGAUGUGGAUACUCCUUUCACUGAAGAUGAAGUGCUUCCUGAAUUCGAUAUUUUACAUGCUCUCACUGGGGCAUUGAAUUUGACCUACACUUACGAUGAUGCUGAUCAACUAUGGAAACUAAUUACUUCAGAAGUGCCACUAUUCUCGUGGGAUGACGACGAUGAUACUCUAGCAAGCGCCAUUCGGCCUAAAUCAAAGAAAUCUAAUGUGAAGGAAACUGCAGUAUUUAGGCAUAGGUCAAUUACAUCACUUUUUAUUAAAGACACCAGAGAAUUGCCUCCAUAUUUUCUACCUGGUAUAACACCAGCUUUUGAGAUGAGUCUAUUAGUGACUAUGGCAAGAGAUUUGCCGAUAAAGAAACCAUUACCUGAACCAGAGGUUGCUCUAUGGAAACAAUAUCGAUGGGUAGAUUGGGCUCGGAAUCACGGACUGUACGAGGCUUAUGAUUGUCCUAGAACGAAAUUUGUUAAAUUAAAUGGCUUGCUAAAACUAUCGCAGGCUCCUCACUUGUUGGAUGUUCAGAGCACUGAUUCGAUAACAUUUGGUUUCCGAGAAGAACAAGGUAAAACUAACCCUGCGGUCAAGAAGGGUGGUAAAGAAGGCACCCGAUCAGCUACAAAUCAGACAAUGUCUCCGCAACUCAAAGAGGAAUUACGGGAAUGGGUUAAAUUUGAUACGAUAAUGAACGUCUUGAAGAACAUAAGUAUCCUAUGUUAUCCGUCAAUGUUUCAACUUAGUUCCAUAGCCAGUAAUCCUCCGAUUCACGUCACGAAGGCACCUCCAAACAAGCAGCUUGAUAUCCCUGCGUCUAAAACAUCGCCACUCUACCUUCAAAUAGACGGACCUGAAGAAAAUGUACUUAAAAUAUCUUGCGGCAUGCUUCACCCUCGAGUGUUUCUUCAUGCGGGUCAUCCAAUAGACUGUUACAUAGAACCUGGUUACGUGUUUAUUGAAAAGUUUAAAUGGUUCGAUGAAUGUGAAUUGCCCAAACCAAAAGCAUUUUUACAGACCCGAGGAUAUGAUUCGACGGAAGUGUCGUUUGAGCAAGGGAGACAUUUUUGUAGAUUAUGGAUUCAUUCGAGAGUGCCAUGGCACGUGAUGACACUGAGCGAAUCUACAAUAUGUGUGGGCACCAGGGAUGUUGUCCAAGUGGCCGCUAUGCACGAGUGUCCGUGGGCAGCGAGGUUCCUAACCGGCCUCGGCUUGGCGUUUCAGAAUUUCGUACGGAUAAGUAAAUCUGCUACAGUUGUAAAUACAUCCGAUAAGGACUUUUACAGAUCGUACCAACCUGACAUGGAUUGGAAUCGUCAGGAAGUUGGUUACGACAAGGGUUUACUUCACUGGAUGUUCCGUCAAGCGUUACAAGAAACGUUGAGGAAAAAAUUGGCACCACACGAAUAUCAUUUAGUUUGUACAUUUCUGCAACGCUAUCUAAAAGACCCUGAUUUUGGAUUAUCCAAAAAUAUAAAGUCUUAUAUUUCGACGACAAAAUGGCUGGCCAAUGAUCCGUGUGACUGUUUGAUGCCUGAAUCUGAGGAAUUAGAACUUUACAGAUUUCACUAUACCGAAAUUACACCUGAAGAUACAGGCACGGAAUCGAAUAAACAAACCAUCUGCGAAAUCGCUGAAGACCACUUAUCCUGCGGCCAUCUAAAAACCAUUAGAGAGAUGAAAAUAAGACAACAAGAAGCGGCGAAAAAGAUACAAGCGCUUUGGAGGGGAUUUAGGACGAGGAAAAUUAUCGAUGCUCGCGACACUAUCACCCCUGAAAUUAUGAAAUGUUUGAUGGAUAGUGCAUUUGGAAAUCUGGAAGCUUUAUCAGGAUUGAUGAAUGAGUUCUUUAUUAUGUUUCCUGGUACAAAGCAUGCGUAUUCUGUGUCCUCCGCAUUAACCGGGACAUGUGGUUUAAAGCAACACAUUGGCUCUACUCAUUUAACUCCUCAAUGCGUUUGGAUCCCAUACUUCCAAGCCGUGUUCUUCUGCCACGCCCCUGUCAAAGUCCACCUUGAUCUCCAAAGUAUUGUCGGAAUGGUUAAGAUUAAUUCUAUAAUAGAAGUUUAUAAUAAUGACACAGCAUCUCUGUUACCGCAAGUGUAUAAUACUCAUUUCACUUAUCAUUUCGAUCCAAAUAAUAAUGGAUAUACUAUCAUCGGUCAUGGAUCUCUGAGACAACCGCUUAAUGUACAUUCCGAGGCCCAUUGGCAAUUGAACGUAAUGUCCAACAUCGCCGACAACUUUCACAUGUGUGACAACGAUGUCGAUGGCUGUAAGGAGCUAUCUGUUCCAUCGGCUAAUAAAGUACAUGUUGAUGAAAUAUAUCUACCAAAUGAAAGAAAUAUCUUAGGUGGACUACAAAUUUCUGUACAUAAACAAGAAACGAUUUGUUUUAGAGCUUCAUCUACAACACCAGAUCUGGAAAUGGUAGCUAUACUUAAAUCGAGGAAUCGUAGUGGCGUUAUAGAAGAAGUGGCGAGGUACACGGGCAGAGGGGAGUUGUACUGGCCGUACAUCAAAUUGCAAGGAGAAGCGAAACCAACGCUUAAAUCUAUAUUAUUGGCUGGUUCGUCUCCCGGUGAUUCCAGCAUGCGAACAACACGUAGUGUCAGAAGUAGUAAACCCACAAACGUUAUACCCAAACACAGAUCUACAUUUAAGAUACGAGACACCAGUUUAGUACGAGAGAUGAAGACUUACAUGAUAGAAGUUCGAGCACCAAAAGGAUGGCCACUCACGAUAUCACAAUGGAGAAGGGUCAUCGAAAUUCAGGGUCAAUCGGGGUACAAAGAUAUGCCCAGAAAAACAUUAAGAGAAAAGACAUCAUUUCAAUCAAGUCUCAAAGAUAAGUUAGACAGUCCGAGAGUGAACGAUCCAUUGCCCGGUGACGCGUACAUCGAGAUGGAGUGUUCACUGACAGUUGACUCCGGGUCGACUGCGCGCCGCGACGACUCCAGGGACCUGGAGUUUAUUGCUGCAGCGAGGUCCUGGGACGCCAAAGAUUCUGGUAGAAACGCUAGAGGCGCAAAGAUUAGAAAAGAAUUUCGAGAUGAAUACUUGGAUAUGCCUACUCCUCCUGUUACUGAAAUUGUUGAUGGCAAAUCUAAUGAGAUAUCUGAUUUUGUUUUUACCGACGAAAGUCAAGAUGCACCGUCAAGUCGACAACUGCCCACCCCAGCUUCUAGCAGUCCUGUUUCAGCUGUACGAAUAGAAAUUAAAAAGGAUGACCGUAAGUCUUCAAGUAAGAUGUUAGACGUUGAAGAUGGAACUAAAUACUUGACUAUGCCAGAUGUGUUGAAAGACAAAUUCAAGCCUCUAGAUUUCAUAGAUUUAUGUACGAGAGAACAAACUGAAGAUGAAUGUAUUGUAAUAACACCAGAAAUGGCAGAAGCUUCCAGAAUGGCGCGCGACGCGCAGUUGGAGGCGGCUAUUGAACGCAUGAAUCAACUCCAAGCUUAUUACGAGACUAAUAUAUUAGAAGUGCAAAAGACGCGAUGUGAUGUACUUGAGAACCUUUUUGUUGAUUCGCAGUGGAGUCAGGGUUUAAAUGAUGCAUUAGAGGCAAGGGAUCUAGCCCUGACUUUGCUGGAAACAAAUAAAAAUGCCUCUUUCACACGUAAGAAGCACGAGUCGAAAACAAAAUAGAAGUUUCUACCUUUAAGACAUAGUUAGAAGAAUAUUUUAUGUUCCGAUAAGGUGAAAAUGUUAGUUUCUUCCUUCAAUAAAUAAAUAACAUAA